UCUUUUGCUGUCGCCUCAGUCUUUUCCUCCAGGCCCCUCUUUGCAGAGAGAAGAGGGCGAGUGGAGAAAGGAGAUCCAGGUCUAGUUCUGCAAACACCCUUUUCUGGAGUACGCCAGGCUGUGUUGCUGACUUCACAUUACACUGGGAUUAAUGGCGUUGUUCUGCCUUCUGGGCUCUUACAGCGUGAGAAAGAUGCAAGGACUGACAAAUUCUGGAGAACAGAUUUCCUCCCUUCUUUUCCUCUAACAUCACGCAGCCUCCUCAUUGUUUAAAGGGAUCAUUGUUUGGAUUUGAUCGGCUCCUUCUAAGCGAGAGACCUAGUUCUCUGAGGAAAUGGAUACUUCUUCCAAACAAUGUCCAGUCAAAAAACGAGUUAAAAUCCAUCCCAACACAGUGACAGUGAAAUAUACAUCACAUUAUCCCCAACCUGGAGAAGAGGGCUCUGAUGAAAUCAGUGAAGAUAUCGGAAGCUUUAUGGAGGACAAUCCAAAGAAAAGGUUGCUGAGUGACAGAAAAAGGAAAGGAAGAGCCUUCUUUGGGACUAUGGAUAUCCAACCUCAGCCAGCCCAAGAGACGAAAGCCAAUGAGACUGGACAACGCCAGAAUUUUACAGAAGGAAGCAUAUUUCAGUCCAGAAAGACUUGGGUAGUGCUGUUUGCCUCUGCCUUGGCUCAUGGGUGUGUGGCUCUGAUAACUAGACUUGCUUCUGAUCGUUCCAAAGUGCCCUCCCUAGAACUAAUUUUCAUUCGUUCAGUCAUACAGGUGUUGUCUGUCAUUGUUGUGUGUUACUACCACGAGGACCCCUUUGGACCAAAAGGAUACAGACUGCAGCUCUUCUUCUAUGGUGUCUGCAAUGUUAUCUCCAUUACCUGUGCUUACACCUCCUUCUCUAUAGUACCCCCAAGCAAUGGGACCAUUAUGUGGAGAGCAACCACCACGGUCUUUAGUGCCAUUUUGGCUUUUUUACUAAUAGAUGAACGAAUGGCUUAUAUAGACAUAAUGACAGUAGUUAGUAGUGUCUUUGGUGUUUGCCUGGUCAUGUUCCCCAACAUUGUUAAUGAAGAAAAUUCUUUGCUCAAUGUCUGGAAAGAAGCCUUUGGCUACACCAUGACAGUUAUGGCAGGCUUAACUACAGCUCUUUCCAUGAUAGUCUACAAGUCAAUCAAAGAUAGGGUCAGUAUGUGGACUGCACUAUUUACUUUUGGUUGGACUGGAACUGCAUGGGGAGCCUCUACCAUGUUUUUUCUUCAAGAGCCAAUUAUCCCACUGGAUGGAGAAACCUGGAGCUAUCUCAUUGCCAUCUGCAUAUGUUCUACUGUGGCUUUCCUGGGUGUCUAUUAUGCCUUGAAUAAAUUUCACACAGCUCUGGUCAGCACAGUGCAACAUUUAGAGAUUGUGAUAGCCAUGAUUCUGCAGCUCGCAGUGCUACGCAUCUUUCCCAGCAUUUAUGACUUCAUUGGAGGGGCCAUUAUUAUGAUUAGUGUUGUUUUCCUGGCAUGUUAUAAGCUGUCCUGGAAGAAUUUAGGAAGGCAAGAUUAUCAGGAGAUACUGGAUUCUUCCAUUAAAUGAAUGUCAAUUUGUUGUAGUCUUUACUGUAAUAGUUUCUUCACCACGAUGUCGAUAUUAAUGUUCAUUUACCAAUGUCCUUUGUCUAGUAGAGUGGACAGAGUACUAACUUUCUUGUUCAGAAAUGUGCCAGAUUCAUACCUGACAUAACAAUGUUUAAAUAAGUAGAGUUGUACCAGAGACGAAUUUGUCCCAAUGUGUUAAAUAAUUUAAAAUGUUUCAAUAUGUGAACUUAGAUUUACUCUCAGCUGGUAUGCAGUAGCUGCUAAGAUUAGAUAUAGAGAAUUCUGUCAUAGGACUCUUUCUAUCAUAGUCCUCCUUCUAUAACAUAAUAUUGAGACAGAAGGAUUCACUAUGGUUAGUCAUUCUGGACAGUGCACCUGUAGAAUAUUUUAUGGCAACAAGAAAGUCAUAUGUUGACAUUCACCACUGAAGGAGGAAAUUCAUGUUCCAUAGUAACAGUAUUCUUACUUGGUUGAAGCAUGUAAUAUUUUAUAAGUAAGAAUUUUAACAUGUAUAUGGUUAUAAUUCUUUAAAUAUCUGCUGGGAGAAGAGUAAAUAAAUAAAGUGAUGUUCUCUGUGCUCUAAUAGUAAAGGUGCUGUCAGAAUCUCCAUAAUAAUCCUUGACUUGGUCCUAAAACUCCCUGUUAGCUGAAAGCUGGAACACAUGAAACUAGAAAAAGAUAUUCAUGGGC